GCAGUCCUCGGCCUUCCUUUCAUGGCUCGAUCGAACCAGCUCUUCGGCCUCGCUCAGUUCAGUUUGGUCGUGGCAUGAAAUUCCUCGUACCCACCGGAUGACGAGAAAUUGCGCCGGGCGCUUGUUGCCGUGCUCGUGAUUGUGCCUCGCGGUCGAUUUUCGUUUCGCUUUUUUGAGCUCGAUCGGAGGCGGCGAAGAAAUCGAAGCGAUCGAUAAGGAGGUUGAGGAGGAGCAGGAGGAGGUGAUGCAAUUGUAGCGCAGGCAAUCAUGCCUGUGUUUAAGACUGCUUACAAUGGAUACGCGGUGCGGUUCAGUCCGUUCGUGGAGAAUCGGUUGGCCGUGGCAACCGCGCAGAAUUUUGGGAUAAUCGGAAAUGGGCGGCAGUACGUGCUGGAGUUGUCACCUAAUGGGAUAGUGGAGGUGGUGGCGUUCGACACGGCCGAUGGGUUGUACGAUUGCACGUGGUCGGAGGACAACGAGAAUAUUUUAGUGUCUGCGAGCGGAGACGGGAGCAUUAAGGUAUGGGACAUCGCAGCUCCUCCGAUGGCGAAUCCUAUCCGGAGUCUGGAGGAGCACUCGCACGAAGUGUAUUCGGUCGACUGGAACGCCGUCCGGAAGGAUUGCUUCUUGAGCGGCUCGUGGGAUGACACAAUUCGACUGUGGACGGUCGACAUGCCUCGAUCGCUGAGGGUUUUUGCCGAGCACUCGUACUGUGUGUACAAUGCAACGUGGAAUCCCAGGCACGCGGACAUUUUUGCCUCCGCUUCCGGAGACUGCACGGUGCGAAUCUGGGACAUUCGGGAGCCUCGCUCCACUCUGGUCAUUCCAGGCCACGAGUACGAAAUUCUUUCCUGCGACUGGAACAAAUACAACGAGACGAUGCUGGUCACGGGCUCUGUCGACAAGUCUCUCAAGGUUUGGGAUGUGCGGAAUCCCCGGCAGGAAGUCACUCGGCUGCUGGGCCACACUUACGCCGUGCGACGGGCCAAAUUCUCACCUCACCGUGAGAAUCUCAUAGGCUCGUGUUCUUACGACAUGACUGUGUGCGUGUGGGAUUACCGAGCUCCCGAAGAUGCCCUACUCUUCCGAUACGAUCACCACACGGAGUUUGCAGUGGGUCUGGACAUGAGCACCCUUGUGGAUGGGCUUCUCGCCAGCACCGCUUGGGAUGAGAGUGUGUUUGUCUGGCCGCAGGGCAUGGACCCUAGGGCCUGAGGAAGAGCUGAUCGCCGGUUGCCUGAGUCUCGUAUUUCCACAUGCUGCUCGAGUUGUUCUCUGCCCCAAUUCAUAUUGCCUUACACACUUCAGUCUUGAGCUUCUUCAAUGUGGCCUCGGCGUUCUGUAGCUUUGCAACUUCACAAGAAUUCACGCAUGAAUGCCUGUUACUGUCCAAAAAGUCUCGAAGGACCUCUGGACUGAGAAAUAAAUGUACAUAGUUAUGAAGCAAAAUAUUUCAUGGCAUUCGGAAUUUCGAGUGUGAGGUAUGUUUU